AUGUCGGACACAGAAACUCACCAGGAAAACCAGAGUGAUCUACGCGCGACGAAAUCUUUGACCGAGUCCUUGCUUGCUCCAAUCAACCGCCUCGUUGAUGCAUCCGUGGUAUAUGCUAGGGUCAUGGAAGAGGAACGAUUUCAGCAGUUCUUGUCCUGGCUAUCGUGCGUACCUUAUAUACAGCAUCACAGCCGCCAUUCGGGAUCGAGACUUCCAGGGUCGGUGGAGUGGUUACUCAAGCAUCCCCAAUACAAAGAUUGGAAGGAGAGCAGCUCAUCUUCUAUCUUACUUUUGACUGGAAUCCCAGGGUGUGGCAAAACCAAAGAUGUGUCCGCGGUCAUCGAUGCAUUCCUGCAUGAACAAGCCGUCAACUCUCUCGCAGCACCUAUUGCUUACUUUUACUGCGGUGAAGCAAAGUGCGGGACUGGAUACGCAGAUGUCAAUGAAGUUAUACGAAGUCUAACCCGACAACUGGCCGUGAUUGACAAAUCAAAAAGGAAAGUCCACGAGCAAGUUUGGCUCGGUUAUCAGCGGAUGACGGCAGAGGCAAAGCUUGAUGGCUUCGAAACACCGAAACUGAACGCAUCACAAUGUGCUGACUUGAUCCUUCCAAUUCUUGACUCAAAUCCCGCAACCAUAAUCUUGGACGCCAUUGACGAGGUGGACGAGGCGAAUAGGCACGACCUCUUUUCUUUCAUACGGCGGAUCACGGAUGAGUCUGCGAGUGUCGUGAAGAUUUUCAUUUCUAGCAGGGAAGACAGCAGUCUCCUUCUUCGUCUGCCACAUGCUGCCGUACUGUCCGUAAAGGGCGAAGAGACAAAGACUGACCUUGCCAAUUUCGUGAGACAUCAGGUGACGUCUUCUAUUCAGAAGCAGUCUCUUCUGAACGGAGAUGUAUCCGCUCAUCUGCAAGAAGAAGUUGUGACAUUUUUGUUGACUGGAUGCAGGGAAAUGUUCCUUUGGGUGGAACUUCAAAUUGAAAAGUUAUGUCAGUUGAAGUCUACAGCCAGUGUGGUAGAGAUGAUUCAGGACCUGCCCGGUGCCUCAAGCAAAUCUUUGAACGAAAUUUACGCGGAUCUUUUGAACCGUACCGCCGAGAAAGAUCCUGGCUCUCGGAAAUAUGCUCAUAUCGCCUUCUCAUGGCUUUUGUGCAUGUACGAGCCGUUGUCAUCCCAGGCUUUCCUUGCCGCCGUCUCCUCAUUUGGGUCCAACAAAAACCGCAGCAUUACGCUUCCAGAGCUCCUAAACAUGUGCUCAAACUUGGUUGCCGUGAAUACCAAGUCUGAUACUAUUCAUUUCAUUCAUUUUUCCUUCAGACAAUAUCUUCAGACAAAGCCCGACUUCGACAUACCACGUGCUCACGAAGUGGCCGCUAACAGCUGUUUGGAAAAGUGUGGUCAAGACUCCUUACUGCAACUUGAAAGCCCACUCAAACCCGAAUCAAAUUUCCUCUUGUAUUCUGCUUUGUAUUGGCCUCGCCAUUACCGAGCUGCGGAGCCGUGGGAUAAGAAGAGUUCUUUGACAGACAGCUUGAAGAACUUCAUAUUCUAUGAUGAGGGUGAAACAAGCUUGCCCUUCUUGGCAUGGAUUGAGACCGCCAAGGAUGCUGCAGAUCUACUUUCGCAUGAACUUUCACUGAAGAUUGAGCUCAAUGCUGUACCAAGCUCGAGCAUGACCCCUUUCUUUGCAGCAUGUGUAUACGGACUCACGGACAUAUUGCCAAGUAUCAUGGCCUGCGAUUCAUUUGACAUCGACGAAAAGAGCUCUAUGGGGCAGACGGGUAUUUACCUUGCCGCUGCAUUCAAUCGCGUUGACACUGUGGAUCUACUACUGUCCCACGGGGCCGACAUUUCAAUCGAAGGUGGGCGUCACAAAACGCCUUUCUUCGCCGGCUGCUCUAAUGGCCAUGUCAAAGUCGUUGAACUGAUUCUCAGCGAAGACAAAUACCCCUUGACCCCAGGAACGAUCGAGAUUGGAUUUCAGAGCUCUCUUCGCGCAGGCCAUGGUCUGGUUGCGAUGCUUCUUCUGCGCAACGGCCUUGCUAUUGCUACUCAAGAAGACUAUAACAGGAUCCUCGAGGAUACAUACCAAGCAGGUUUAUUCAAAGUGGUAGACCACAUGAUGCAAAAUUUCCGAGAGUAUGCCAAAUCCAGCAAAUCUUCGUCCUCAAAACUCCUUGACAUGGCGAUUCGGAAGGGCCAACCAUCAUUCUUCCGAAAAUAUGCUCAGACGGGCUCGAUACCGAGUCAUGCUCUUGCAUUGGCUGCCCUCUUUGGUCAAUUGGAUAUCGCUCAAUACUGCUUGGAUUCUGGUAUUCAUAUCGAAGAGGAAGGCUUUCUUGGAAGUCCCCUUCGGUGCGCAUGUCUGAUGGGAAACGAGUCAGUUGUGCGCGUGUUGAUCACGCGCGGUGCAGAUGUGAACAGAUGCGGGCCACUUGGGACAGCUCUGCAUGCUGCAUCUAUGUCUGGGCAUCUUUUCAUUGUGAUGCAUCUGAUUAAUAGCGGGGCAAACGUGAAUGGGAUCGGUGGUUUUUUCGGAAAUGCUCUUCAAUCAGCAGCCUACCGUGGUCAUUUCGAUGUAGCACAGGCUCUUUUGUGUGCUGGUGCUCGUAUUGCAGAGGGCGGUCGGUACAGUGACAGCCUACACGCAGCCGUGGAAGGCGGCCACGAAGACAUAUCGAAGCUAUUUGUGGAUUCAGGUUUCAAAUACCCAAUGAUAUGGAGCCCGCCCAUGGCAAGCCGGAGCCGGAGCCUAACACCCUACAAGAACCUAUUAAAAGAAGCGUUUGAUGCUCGGGUUACAGUUAGCGCUGGCUCGAUCAUGUGCCCCAGUUUGCACCUUGCUAAUUCGACCGAUGCUGAGAUCUCUGACUUUGAUGAGGUUCUCGAAGGCAUGCAAGAUCUGAGCAAACAAAAUGGGUACGCGUUUGAAGGCAGAAGCAUGAAACAUUCCCCAAAUCGGUCCAUUGAAAUUGAGAAGUCCAGCAGUGACAACGUCUUGCUGAAAGCAGUACUGCAAGGCAAAGCAACCACAGUUCAUCUCUUGGUCUCCCAUCAUGCGAACAUACGGCUUCUAGGAAGACAUAUUAUGGAAGGACUUGAGACAGCUUCGGGCCUUGGUAACGUUGCAAUGUCAAAGCUGCGUCACGCAAUGGUCAUCUGGAGGUUCUCAAAGUUUUCACUUCGCAUGAGGAGCGCGAUCGAGAUACUGGACAGCUGGAAGAUUUCUAUAUCUUGUCUAUUUUGA